AUGGGGUCCCCUCUUUCCCCCAUUCUUACUGAAAUCUACAUGACCCAUUUUGAAGAAGAAGCCCUGGCCUCCUCUCCCAUCCAACCUGUGUGCUGGUAUAGGAAGGUGGGUGACAUCUUUGUCGUCCUCAGAAAAGACCAAGAUCCCACCUCACUACUCCAGCACCUCAACACCCAACAUUCCAGGAUCAAGUUCACCAUGGAGACAGAGAACGACAACAAACUCCCCUUCUUAGAUGUCCUUAUUUCCAGAGACCCCUGCAACAAGAUCCAAACCGCGGUCAACAGAAAACCCACCCAUUCCGACCAGAACAUUCAUUUCAACUCUAAACCAACCCCCAAAAAAAAUCCAACAAAACAACCAAGUCUGGUGUCAUCUCAACCCUGA